AGAAACACACACCUGUUUAGGCGAGGUGCUGGCUAACGGAGUAAGAAAAGGAGAGCCUCACUGGGCGCUCAGAUGCAAUCAUUUCAGAACCAAUGUUUUGACAGACAAGCGGUCUUCAUCAGGGUAUAAUGACAACCUAAUGCUGGUCACUAAUUGAUAUACAUUUAAAAGACACACAGGUGCCUGCAAUCAUAGCCGGGUGUGGCUUGAUUUCAUUGGUUGAAAUGGAAGGAAAAAAAAGCAAACAUCCCACCAUAUAAUCAUAGAAACAAACAUUUACAAUGGAUAGCAAAAAUAUAAUAAGAAGAAUGGCUUCAGAUUAAAAGUCUACAUUGAGACUAAAGGGAGCAAGGGUCUUUAAAUGAAAGAUCCUGGUGGCAUCUCAUUUUAAUAAAUUGUCAAGGUCAACCCCUCUCCUAGGGAAGGUUAUGUGUUCAAUGCCGAUAUACCGAGGGGACGAAAUGGAGUGGUUUGCUUCCAAAAAGUGGGCUGCAACUGGACCCGAGUGGACAUUCCGUGUGUGACCAGUGCAAGCCAGAGUACCAGGGACCCAACUGUGACCAGUGCAGGGAUGGAUUCUACAACGCUGUCAGCAUCUGCCUGCCCUGCAACUGCAGCGGGAACGCCGACCCCGGGACCUCACCCCCGCAUCUGUAACUCAGAGAACGCCCACUGCCUGAGCUGCGUCUACAGCACCACAGGGAAACACUGUGAGCACUGCGCAGAGGGCUGCGUGGGUAGUGCCAUCAUCCAGAGUUGCGAAGAGUCCAAUCCCAUCAACAUCAAGCUCAGCACCAGGAACAAGUACUAAUCCUGCUCCUGCUGCUGCUGAUGAUGACCUUGAAACCAGCUUCAGUAGAAAAGAGCCUGUAGACCCAUUGGAUGAAAGCUUUCAGGCAGGAACAAGCUCAAACUCAACAUCAUUAGACUCCAAAACAAGCCAGGACAGCCAAAUGUAUUUAUGAAAGCACAAUACCCUCUUGAGAAAACAAAAUCCCCAAUACACUAAACUGUCUACAAGCCAAGUGCUCCUCAAACGUUAACUUCCUGACUGAUGUCUUGAGAUGUCGCUUCAAUAUAUCCACAAAAUAUUCCAUCCUCAUGAUGCCAUCAAUUUGUGAAGUGCAGCACUCCC